AGAUAAACACUGCUUAAAUCUAACAUCUGUAAUCUGGAUUGACUUGUAGCCUUCCAGGUGUGGAUUUGAUGAGGUCUGCAAUGGUCUGACCCAGAGAUUGGCCCAUUGUCCAUGAAAGGGGACAAUCGUUUCAUCACAUCCUUUCUCUGGACAAUGAUGGUGUUGAAUGCCGAUGAAAAGAGGAUUUGAGGAGAAAUUGUCAGAUAAAGCAUCAGAUCAUGACAUGUGAAUCAGCUGGAAUUAAAAUUCGCAAGAGUCAAGAGGAAGGAAGGAAGGAAGAAGAACUGUUGGUGUCCAAAUUUCGAAGCCAACAACCAACCGAAAAAUCUUGACGAAUUCAUGGCCGAAAGCUUCGCCGUCUCCUCCACUGCCGUCGUUUGAACUUCGCAGAUAGCAUCUACUUGAUCAGCCGCUCCCCAUGCCGUGAUCAUGGCCGUGAUCAUGGCGGCGUCUCGUGCAACUCCUCCUCUCCUCCUGCUCACCCUCGUCGUCUUCGCAGCGUUGCUCGCCGCCGCCGCCGCUGCCGCCGCUGAUGCAUCUGCAGGUGGUACGGGCGCGCCGUCGACGACGACGUUCGUGCUCGCCGGAGAGCGGACGCGGCGGAAGGAUCCUCUGGAUGGGCUGAGGCUCUACGCCGGCGGGUGGAACAUCAGCGACGAGCACUACUGGGCCUCGGUUGGGUUCACGGCGGCGCCGGUGUUCGCGGCGGCCGGGAUCUGGUUCGUCGUGCUCGGCAUUGCGCUGCUCCUCGCCGGCCGCUGCUUCUGCUGCUGCCCCGGCCGCGGCGGCGGCGGCUCCUACUCCUGCACGGCGCUGGUGGUCUCGCUCGUCCUCCUCCUCGCCUUCACCGCCGCCGCCGCUAUCGGGUGCGCCGUCCUGUACGACGGGCAGGGGCGGUUCCACGGCAGCACGACGGCGACGGUGGACUACGUGGCGGGCCAGUCCGGCGACGCGGUGGCCAGCCUGAGGGGAUUCGCGAGCUCCAUGGAGUCGGCCAAGGCGGUCGGCGUGGGGCCGGUGUCGCUGCCGGCCAACGUCAAGGGGAGGAUCGACGGCGUCGUGCGCAAGGUGAGCUCCGCCGCCGACGAGCUCGCGGCGCGCACGGCGAGCAACGCCGCCAAGAUCCGAGCCGCGCUGGAGACAAUAAGGAAGAUUUUGAUUGUUGUUGCAGCUACGAUGCUAAUCCUUGCUGUUAUUGGGCUCGCGUUUUCAAUAUGCGGAAUGGAGUCACUCGUCUAUGUGUUGGUGUUUGUUGGAUGGAUUCUGGUUACAGCAACCAUUUUACUCUGUGGCACAUUCCUUUUACUACACAAUGUGGUGGGUGACACCUGCGCCGCCAUGGGCGAGUGGAUGCUGCUGCACCCGCAGCCGCAGGCGCGCACGGCGCUGGACGACAUCCUCCCCUGCGUCGACACGGCGGCGGCGGCGGACGCGCUGGCCCGGAGCAAGGAGGUGACCUACCAGCUCGUCGCCGUGCUCAACGGCGUCAUCGCCAACGUCUCCAACGCCGACGGCCUCCCGCCGCAGGCCGCGCCGCUCUACUACAACCAGUCCGGCCCGCCGGUGCCGCUGCUCUGCAGCCCCUACGCGGCUGACCUCACCGCCACCCCCGGCGGCUGCGCCGCCGGCGAGGUCGACCUCGCCUCCGCGCCGCGUGCGUGGGCGGAGCGCGUGUGCCGCACCCACGCCGUGGCGUCCCCCGGCUCGUCGUCGUCGGAGGUGUGCGCCACCGUGGGCCGCCUCACGCCGGCUAUGUACGCGCAGAUGGUGGCGGCGGCGAACGUGAGCGACGGGCUGUCCCGCUACGGGCCGGUGCUCGCCGACAUGGCCGACUGCACGUUCGUGCGCCGGGCGUUCCGCGCCAUCGGCGACGAGCACUGCCCCGGGCUCGGCAGGUACAGCGGGCAGGUGUACCGGGGGCUGCUCGCCGUCGCCGGCGCCGUGCUGGUGACGGUGGUGCUGUGGGUGGUGCACUCGAGGGAGAGGCGGCGGAGGAGCGACGCCAUGGAGCUCAGGGCGGCGGCGUCGCCGUACACUCUGCACCACUCUCACAUGGAGGAAGGAGCGCUCUUGAAGAGCCCGAGAAUGAUGUACAGAUAGAAACCUAUUUUUAGUCUUCUGUGUAAGAAAGUUUAUGUUUUCCAACGAAAAUUGAGCUGUGUUCAUGUAAAAUUCAUGCAUUUGGAACACAACAGUUUUAGCCUGAUAACUUGAAUUUACAGUUCUUUAUCGUAGCAUAUUUUGCGCCAUUGGCCUUUAAACUGUAAACAACAUAGAUAUACAAGU